UGUCAACUAUCCGCGUGUCGUCCAUGUUCCGAAUGUGGUGUGACUUAUUUUUGUUUUGUAUUAAUUUUUCGAAUUACAAUUACAAAUGUGAAAUGAUACAACAUGUGUUAUCCCAUAUAGUGGAAUCUUGCUCCGGCUGAAUGGAUCCCUACGUCGGGUGGUAUCAGCCCGAGCAGGAAGGACCCGCGAAGCGAUUGUGGCUUCGUAUAUGGGAAACUCAAAGUGAAACAGACAAAAUGAACCUCAAAAACUUAGAGAACGCUAAUCCUAAUGUGAAUAAAGCACAAGACUUUAUACCAAUAAAUGAUGUGAAUGGUGAAAAUAGGAAUAAUAAUUAUUUCAAUCCUACACGGAGGAAAGCAAACGAUAACCGCGCAUCUACGUUUAACCUGAAUCAGAACCACGAUGCUCUCAUAGGUGAAUACGGGGGCUGCCCUUGGCGGAUACCCAACUACCAUUAUAAGCCUGGGAUACUCGGGCUACACGAAGAGAUCGAGCACUUCUAUAUGUACAUGUCGCCGACGGAGACGGAGCACCUGGUGCGCUCGACGGUGGUGACGCGCAUACGCAGCGCGAUCCUUUCGCUGUGGCCGCAGGCGCGCGUCGAGGUGUUCGGCUCUUUCCGCACCGGCCUCUAUCUGCCCACUAGUGACAUCGAUCUGGUUGUUAUUGGUCAAUGGGAGAAGUUGCCGCUGUGGACGUUGGAGCGCGAGCUGGUGAACCAGGACAUCGCGGAGAAGGAGAGCAUCAAGGUGCUCGAGAAGGCCACCGUGCCCAUCGUCAAGAUGACCGACAAAUACUCCGAUGUUAAGGUCGACAUCUCGUUCAAUAUGAGCAGCGGAGUCAAAAGCGCCGAGCUCAUAAAACAGUAUAAGGAAAAAUACCCCGUGCUCUCACGGCUAGUCAUGGUGCUGAAACAGUUCCUGCUCCAACGGGACCUGAACGAGGUGUUCACCGGAGGCAUCUCCUCCUAUUCCCUCAUACUGAUGUGCAUCAGCUUCCUGCAGCUGCACCCUCGGCCGGAGAGGCUCAGGCAGCCACAUAACCUCGGCGUCCUGCUGAUUGAGUUCUUCGAACUGUAUGGGAGGAAGUUCAAUUAUGUGAAGACGGCGAUACGCGUCAAGAACGGAGGCUCGUAUGUGUCCAAGGACGAGAUACAGAAGGAGAUGAAUGACGGGCACCGUCCAUCGUUGUUGUGUAUCGAGGACCCGCUGACGCCGGGCAACGAUAUCGGCCGGUCUAGUUAUGGCGCUAUACAAGUUAAACAGGCGUUCGACUACGGCUACAUAAUCCUGCAGCAGGCGGUGGCGGGCGGCAGCGCGCUGCUGCUGCGGCACAGCGUGCUCGGGCGCGUGGUGCGCGUGACGGACCACGUGCUGCAGUACCGGCGCUGGGUGCGCGACACCUUCGAGCCCUACUUCUUCCCGCACCGGCCGCCCGCGCCGCCCGCCGCGCCGCUCGCCGCGCCGCUCGCCGCGCCGCUCGCUGCGCCGCCCGCCGCCGCGCCGUCGCCGCCGCCGCUGUCGGCGCUGCAGUGCUCGUCGCCCACGCCGCGCCGCGUGUCCGCGCACCAGAGCCUCAUCAUACACCACAUUACCAGCAAUUCGGACUUCAACAACAUACCCUCGGGUUAG